CACACGUCACGAAAAAUGGAGACUGCAAAUCGACAACAAAUUUUAUCAUUUUCAUAAAUUUUCUUCAAUUAUGAUGUCUAUUAAGAAUAAAUACUAAAAUGUUGGGUAAAAAAAGAAAGCGGAUAGUUGGAAGUAUAUCUUGGGGUAAACGUAGGGGUCCGAAAGAUGCAGAAGAUACUUCAACAUUCUCACAGCCAAGUGUGUACCAUGCCUUAGUUGUAAUAUUCCUAGAAUUCUUCUCAUGGGGCUUACUCACUGCCCCAAUGAUUAAUGUAUUAAACGACACAUUUGAAAAUCACACAUUUCUGAUGAAUGGUUUAGUCCAGGGUGUUAAAGGAAUCUUAUCAUUUCUGAGUGCCCCUUUAAUAGGAGCAUUAUCAGAUGUAUGGGGCCGCAAGCCAUUUCUCCUGCUUACUGUCACAUUCACUUGUGCCCCUAUACCACUCAUGAAGUUUAGCCCAUGGUGGUACUUUGCUAUGAUCUCAAUAUCUGGAAUCUUCGCAGUAACAUUCAGUGUUGUGUUUGCAUAUGUAGCUGACAUCACAACUGAAGAAGAGCGCAGCUCAGCAUAUGGACUGGUGUCUGCUACUUUUGCAGCAAGCUUAGUGACAAGUCCUGCAAUUGGUGCUUAUUUAGGCAAAGUUUAUAGCGAUAACCUUGUUGUAGCCCUAGCUGCAGCUAUAGCAAUGUUUGACAUAUUAUUUAUAAUGGUUGCGGUGCCUGAAUCAUUACCAGAGAAAAUGAGACCUGCAUCAUGGGGAUCUCAGAUAUCCUGGGAAAAAGCAGACCCAUUCGGGGCAUUACGAAAGAUUGGUCAGGACCAUCUGAUCCUGAUGCUCUGUGUAACAGUGUUUCUAUCCUACCUACCUGAGGCAGGCGAAUACUCAUGUUUCUUCGUCUACCUAAGACUCGUCAUGGGUUUCUCUGAGGAGUCUGUCGCAUCAUUUAUUGCAGUUAUAGGUGUCUUAUCAGUUUUAGCUCAGACUGCCAUUCUUACAUUACUAAUGAAGUAUUUAGGUCCAAAGCACUCAAUCAUGGUUGGUCUCAGUUUUGAGAUGGUUCAGCUUGCCUGCUAUGGUUUUGGAUCAAAAACAUGGAUGAUGUGGACAGCAGGCUGUCUGGCAUCCAUGGGAAGUAUCACCUACCCCGCCAUCAGUGCAUUUGUCUCUGCUCAUGCACCCCCUGACCAGCAAGGUGUGGCACAAGGAGUCAUUACGGGCAUUAGAGGCUUGUGCAAUGGCCUUGGACCAGCUCUCUAUGGAUUCAUAUUCUUCCUAUUCCACGUUGACCUUAAUGAAAACAAUACACCACUUGAAGGGUCAAAAAAGAAUGAUGUUAUUAUUGUAAAUGCUGUAAAUACUUCGAAUCCUGAGACAUCUGGACUUUGGGAACGGUACCAGGUAGACAAGUUAAACAAUAUAAUCCCAGGCCCACCAUUUGCUUUUGGAGCUGUUCUAGUCAUGCUAGCUUUGCUAGUGGCGAUAUUCAUCCCUGAAAAUCCCCACGUUAACUAUACCCAUGUGCCACAGAAAUCACCAACUAAACGUAGCCAAACAAUAGACAUUUUCCAGAGAGAUAAAGGUCAUAGGAACCCAGCAGAAGAAUCACUAUUAGCUGAGGAGACUGCAUAGCAAUUACUGAACACUGGAAAACUAGGGUUUUAACAUGGUUAAUGAGAAUAAUGUGAAGAGAUUAUCUAAGUUGACAAUCAUGAUGGAUUGCUACUAGGAAAUCUUAAGGUACAUUUUAAACCUCACUGGUUUAUCUAAAAGACCUCAAGGUACAUUUGAAACACCAGAAAAUCACAUAUAAACUGCAUAUUGGAUAUGUGCAUUUUUAAAAUCUGGUGGUUUAUUGGACCAAAAUGAUAGAAAUAAGGUGCUGACUUCCUGCAAACCCAUUGCAUUUCUUAGGACAUUUCUCAAGGAUAUGAGAUUAGAUGAGAUAUUGUGUGGUUCCCAUAAUGGGCCAAUAUGGUAAAUGCUAGUAUGGCAUGUAUGAUAGCAACCCAUAGACUCUGAUAGUGAAUGUUAUAGGUUGAUUGUAUUGACAAGUAAACGGUGGUUCAUUGGAAAAUCUGACAGAACUGAGAUUCAAUCAUGGGCAAAUAGAAAUCUCAUACAUGUAUUGUUCAAUGAAAAAACUGUCAGUUUAGUUGACAACUAAAAGUGAAGUGAAGUAAACCUGUUGAUGGGCCAGAUUUUCUCUUUGAAUCCGUUCUAAAGCCCAUAAACCUAUAAUACGGGAAUCUUGCAUCAUUAAUGGCCAGUUUGUUACUUUGCAUUUAUAUCUGAAUGUGUCAUAGCAUUUUUGGUUUGAAAUAACAACAUCCCACAACUUUUUUUACCCCAUCACUAGUUCUUGUGCUCUCAGAAUAUGUUACAUUAGUUAUGGUUUCACUAAACAAGUUUAUGUCUAAUGCUAUUGUUCAUAUAGUAUUGCCUCAAAUUCAUGUGUUGCCCUUCCCUUUGAUUUCUGCUCAAAAUUGAUUAAAAAGAUUAUAAGGAAGUUAAAAUACCAAGUUUUAACAGAAUUUGUAUGUGUGUAGAAUUAUGGUAUUGCACAGUUCUAAGGAUAAGUUUUCCCCAGUUCUUCGUAUUUACUCACCUAAUAACAAUAUAAGGAAAAUAGUUGUUAAUUUGUCCCAGGACGUACCAAUUGAGAGGGGAACAGUAAUAGAAGUUCUCUUGAAAACUUGUAGAUUAACAAAGUUCCAGCAAAUAUGAGGUGUGAUUGGACAAUGCACCCAACGCAGUUUACACAUUCUCCAAUAGAUUAUGGCCUAUUUUUAUUAUCCUUAAAAUGAAAGUACCCAAGCUUGCUUUAAGGGUAUGGAAUAAGAAAUA